GGGGCUCUGCCUGCCGCCGCGCUGCCAUAGAGCGGAGCGCCCGCUCCCAUCAGCCCCCGCGCGGCCCCGCCUCCUUCCUUCCCAGGCCGAGCCGCCACCGCCGCCAUGGGUGUCGAUAUCCGACACAACAAGGACCGCAAGGUCCGCCGCACGGAGCCCAAGAGCCAGGACAUCUACCUGCGCCUGCUGGUCAAGCUGUACCGUUUCCUGGCGCGCCGCACCAGCUCCCGCUUCAACAAGGUCGUCCUGAAACGCCUCUUCAUGAGCCGCACCAACCGCCCGCCGCUCUCCCUCUCUCGCAUGAUCCGCAAGAUGAAGCUCCCGGGGCGGGAUAACAAGACGGCCGUGGUGGUGGGAACCGUCACCGACGACAUCCGCAUCCACGACAUCCCCAAGCUGAAGGUCUGUGCCCUGCGGGUGACCCAAGGAGCCCGUAGUCGCAUCCUGAAGGCAGGGGGUCAGAUCAUGACCUUUGACCAGCUGGCCAUGGCAGCCCCUAAGGGCCAGGGCACCGUGCUGCUCUCGGGGCCCAGGAAGGGACGCGAGGUGUACCGGCACUUUGGCAAGGCCCCUGGCACCCCCCACAGUCACACCAAGCCCUACGUGCGCUCCAAGGGGCGGAAGUUCGAGCGGGCUCGGGGCCGCCGCGCCAGCCGGGCCUACAAGAACUAACGGCGCUGGCCCGCACCUGCCUGUGUCCAAUAAAUGGGUCAGAACCGUG